AACUAAACUACUGAAUCGAUUAAACAAGUGAAAGCCCAAAGUGAAAGGAAAGCAGAAGCCCGCAGCGCUAAAAUAAAACGUGUUGUAGGGGGCAAUAACGAAGCUUAACCUGAUUGCUGUUUUAUCGACGAUCUACACUCUCUAGUUAAUAGCUUUUUUUAAAAGCAAGGUUAAGAUUAUCUAAGAGGAUAUCUUGAUGCUGGAAAGAAGUCCAAGGAUAGAUGCGGGUCUGGGAUAGGUGAUCUGGAAUCAACCAUAUAAAUUCAUGUACAGUCAAAAAGAAUCCGAUCAUCAUUGCUGACUGUCCAUCAGGUUGUCUGUACAUAACAGACGUUAGCUGAAGAUGAGGGGAAUAACUCGCUACAUUUGGAGACUGUCACCCACAAAGUCUUUAAUAACAGUAUUUCUUCUGGCUAUGCUAUUCCUAAACUGGUCGAAUUUAAUGUAUUAUGAAAAUCUACCUUGGAAGCCUUUAACUGGGAAAGAUGAAGAUCCCAACACAAGUGAAUACAUCGAGCAAUUCAAAAGUUUUAUUCGAAAAGGAUUCACAGUUGUGAAGAUUAUCGAAAGCCGUGAGAAUAGAGUAAUAAUUCAACUCAUCAAAAGAAGAAAAGACAAGCUACAGGCAGGAAGCAUUCAGUAUGAAAAUCCUGACAUUAAAUUAGACGUCAAUGCUUUAGGCGAUAAAGAUGGCCACUCGACAAAGCAACCACACACCGUCCAAUCAGAUUGGCAAGCUCAUAGAAAUGACCAAUCAAAUUCAAUGGAUGAGAUCGAGGCUAAGAUUCCCACGAGUGAUGACGUCAGUGAUAAAUUGGACGUGCAUCCUUUAGGCGAUAAAUCACCCACCAUGCAAUCAGAUUGGCAAGCUCAUAGAAAUGACCAAUCAAAUUCAAUGGAUGAGAUCGAGGCUAAGAUUCCCACGAGUGAUGACGUCACUGAUAGGUGUCCUAAUAAUACACUAGGUCACGUGGACAUGAUUUCAUACGGUCGAUGUAAACCACAUCAGCCAACGAUUGAAGGAUGUAAAGAAGCUCAUCGACUGUACUACUACGAUCCAAAACCAUGUGACCCUACCUUUCAAGGAGAUAUCUGUACUUUAAGCGUCCACAUAAAAAAUGUUUCCAGGAUGCUACGAGCUCGUUGUAACAGAUCUCUUUGCCUGGAAGGACGGCGUCAUUUUUCUGUAAAAAUGUUGAACCCGGACACCGGUAUGCACGACAUGAUUCGUUCUUAUUCAACCUUCAAGCAGCUUGAACUCCGUUUACCAUCGAUAUUAAAAUCAAAUCAUGCUGAAAAGAAUAAUUAUGUGUUUUUGCAAUGUAAAGGAAAAGAUAAUCUCCCUAAAUUCCAGCUUCUUCCAAUAGAUCCGCGUUAUACACUUCAAGAGAACAAAGCUACUCCAAGACACAAAAACCGCCUUAACGUCAAUAUUGUACUCAUAGAUUCCGUGGCAAGAGACCAUUUCUAUCGCUCCCUGCCUAAGACCAUCCAAACAUUCAAACGGUUGGCAAAAACACCUACGUCACCAAUGGUUUUUGACUUUGAAUUGUUUCAAGCUGUUGAAGGUCACACCGCUGAAAACACGCACGCACUGUUUACUGGCUCACUAUUCCCGCCAACGGAAGACCGUGAUGCAAUUCGCCCUGUCGGGAUGGAGAAAUUCUUUGGUACUUUCAAAAGAGCUGGCUAUCAGACAAUGUGGCAAGAAGACUUGUGUUGGGAGGGACAGUGGGGAUUAACUAUAGAUCUUGCAAUACCGUUUAGCUGGAGUGCACUCGUAUCAAAACUAAAAGACGUUUUCAUUGAUCAUACAGGAAUCACUCAUUCAAGUUGUGAGAUUCUAAAGACGUACAAUCUCAUUUCACCAUUCGAAAAACCUAAAGACAAGAUUUGCUACAAUGGUAAAUACCAGCACACUUAUUUCCUGGACUAUAUCGAGGCAAACCUACAAGCAAUAUCCCAAAACGCAAAUGCUUUACCACUGUUGUCUUACACAAUGCUUAGUGUAGCACAUGACAUGCAUGGUCGACGCAUACAAUCAAUGGAUCAGGAUCUAUCGCGCUUUGUAGAGCGCAUGUCUAAAGAGAGCUGUACGCUGACCGUUGUACUUGCAGACCACGGCAACACAUACACGUCCUACACAGUGACGUCACAGGAAGGCAAAUUUGAAAUGUUUCAUCCCAGUCUUUUUAUGAUUGUUCCUCAUGAAGUGGGCAAGUUAUUGGGAACCAAAGCACUUGAGGCUCUUUAUGAAAAUCAACGAAGACUACUGACUAUAAUUGACCUUCAUCACUCACUCAUGGCCCUGGCUGUACCGAUUUCUCCCAAGGGGGUGGAGGCUAGGGGUUUAUUUAGGCGUUUACCGUCCAACAGAACGUGCAGCGAUGUUGAAUUACGUACUCCUAACAUGUGUGUAUGUGAAGGAUGGGACAGCCCAACUACAAACGACACUCUUAAGCUCGCUUAUGCAGAGUUUGCUACUGGUGAACUGAACAAUAUGCUAAUGAAACAAGGAAGAGGAUUACCGCUGUUCAGAUCGUGUCAACGAUUGCAGCCGUCGAGGUUUGAAAAUGUUCGAGUUCGGAACAAGAACACUGGUGAGUUGGUGACAAGUAUGGAUCUAGUAGUGCCUGCUGGUGACUCAUCAACAAAAAAAGAAGAUAUUUUCCAUGUGGAGAUCGAGUCAAAGCACUCAGACAAAGAUUCAAUUAAUAUGAAACUAAGCCAUUACGAAAGACUGACGCCGUACGGAGUCUACAGCACAUGCGCAGAUAAGGGCGUCAAUAAAAAGUUAUGCGUUUGCUCGAAAGGUAAAAACCAUAUGAAAAGAAAAGGACUGAAAUUACUUGUCAAUAAGCAAUCAAAGCAUUUCCAUAGCAAAGCGAUGGGUAAAGUACUCGACGACGAUGAAAGCGAAUGUUUAUUGUUGAUAAGACGAAUCCAUGGCAAGAUGGAUGCACGCGCAUAUGAAAUAGCCAAUACAUGUGCUGACCAAUCACGUAGCGUCGAAGUAACAAUAAGUGACGUAUACAAUAUGAAAAUAUCACGUGACGGACCGAUAAACGUUGUUGUCCCCCCUGGAAGUAUAGUGUUCUUAUUUUCCGCGAUGAAACAAGUGCAGUAUUAUAAAGGAGACGUUAAAGUCGAAGCUUAUUUAAAAGAUUAUUAGAGUAUUUCUUGACAAAUAGCACAAGCAAUAGUACCACUUCGGGAUUCAAAGGAGACAUUUAUCUCGAUAGGCAAUGAGCAGCGACGCCAUUUUGUGCAGUAAAGCAUGAUGGGAGCUCCAAACACUUUCAUGUCCGCUAAGGCGUAAAGUCCUCUAGGCGUUUUUGCUUUUUCUCUGCAAAAAUAGAAUAUAGUUGUGUCUUACUAUAAAGAAAUCACAAAAACGCCUUUUAUACAGACUAUUAUUAUGGGCUAUAAAGAGUCACGAGAACUCCCAUAAUGCUUUGUUAAACAUAAUGGCGUCGCUGCACAAUUUCACGACUUUCCAUACUCAGGUUCGGUGACCAUGAACAAAGCAUUGAACCGAGGCGUCAAGGUACACUGAGCGCAGAUCUUUUCUUUUAUGCUCACUGUACAUUGACGCCUCGGUCCAAUGGUUUGUUCAUGGUCACUGAACCAGUGUAUGGAAUAUUGUGAAUUGCCUAUGUAUAGCACAAGCCAUGCACGACUAACAGUGCACGGAAUACAAGGACUGAACAGAAGUUAAAUUUAUGCUUAUAUUAGAAUAUGUCAAGAAUUAACAAAAGAAUAAGAGUCAAUGACUAAUUUUAUGAAACCGAACGGUGGAUUUGCUGUAGACCAUAUGAAGAAGGGCGUGGCUAUGGUAACGCCUUAGUUUAUGAGAUACAACAGUUUACAACAGUUUAUUAAUCACUCUGAAUACAAUUACAAUUGAAGCAGCCCUCGCAGUUAGUCAGGACUAUUCGAGGCGAGGGUGAUAAAAAAGAAGGAAACUAGUAUGAAAAUAUCAAAAAUUCACAGUUUUACAAGAACAAAAAGAAAAAAAGUGAGCAAUAAGAGCAAAAGUACGUAAUUUAUUAAUAAUUUAUCAUAAUUGCUACAGCGUUGAAAGAGCACAUUUCAUAGAAUCAAUAACUCAAUGCAGCAACAUUUAGGGAUCAGAAAGUACAGGUGUUUUAAAUUACAAGGUUUGAAUGAUCGGGGGUGGAAGGGGAAUAUUUCAACUUAAGAUAUUCCGUAUUCCGUAGCUCUUCUGGGAUGAAUAUUCCCAUUCCUUGAUACAAUUUCGAAGAAUAUUCCGUAUUAUUUGAGUUUUUAAGUUAUAGGUAGAAGUUUUAAGAACUUAAAAGUUCUUAACCCAAUGAUUAUUCAAUUAUGUUUUUUUUGUUUUGUCACCUUUAUUGGUCUAAGCAAACAUGAGAAUGAAAACAAGUGAUUAUCGACAUUUAAUGACCCACCUCGACCAUGUUACACUUUCGAUACACUUACUGCAUCUGAUUCACUGCAUACAAAUCAAUAUGUUUGAUACCGAAUAAGUCGAGAGAACAGGAAUGUCUAAUCAACAAAACAUAGUAAAAGCAUAAUAAUGUUCAAGUGUUAACGCAC